AUGCACACCAAGUGUUUACUUAAUCAUUGUUUGACUAUCUAUCUAUCUAUCUAUCUAUCUAUCUAUCUAUCUAUCUAUCUAUCUAUCUAUCUAUCUAUUAGUCUGCUCCUAUCGAUCUAUCUAUCUAUAUACCUAUUAGUCUGCUCAUAUCUAUCUAUCUAUCUAUCUAUCUAUAUACCUAUUAUCUGCUCCUAUCUAUCUAUCUAUCUAUCUAUCUAUCUGCUCAUAUCUAUCUAUCUAUCUAUCUAUCUGUCUGCUCCUAUCUAUCUAUCUAUCUAUCUAUCUAUCUAUCAGUCUGCAUCUUCAUCUAUCUAUCUAUCUAUUAGUCUAUUCAUCUAUCUAUCUAUCUAUCUAUCUAUCUAUCUAUUAGUCUGCUCAUAUCUAUCUAUCUAUAUACCUAUUAGUCUGCUCCUAUCUAUCUAUCUAUCUAUCUAUCUAUCUAUCUAUCUAUCUAUCUAUCUAUCUAUCUGUCAGUCUGCUCCUAUCUAUCUAUCUAUCUAUCUAUCUAUCUAUCUAUCUAUCUAUCAGUCUGCUCCUAUCUAUCUAUCAGUCUGCUCCUAUCUAUCUAUCUAUCUAUCUAUCUAUCUAUCUAUCUAUCUAUCUAUCUACACUAGUCUCUUGGUAUCUAUCGAUCAUAAAUAUUGCUCAAUAUCACUAAAACAAAAGAGACUCGCUGUAGCAACAACGUUUACGGAUUACCUAUAA